GCGGGCCGUGGGCGGAGGCGGGGCGGGCGCGGCCGGCGCGCUGCUAAGUGGUUGGAGCCACCGCCGCUGCUGCUGCUGCAGGGGCUGCGCUGGAGAGCUGGCCCGGGCGCACUGUGUGUGCGGUGACGGCGGCGGCAGCUGGCGCCGCUCGGUCCCUUGCUCCCGAGAAGGAGGAGGAGGAGGAGGAGGAGGAGGAGGAGCCGUGCGCCCGGGAACCUUGGGCUGGGGAGCCGCCGCCGUCGGAGAGGGGCCCGGCGAGAGCGGAGUGGAGCCGAGGGCUCUGGAGCAGCAGCGGCUUCCAGCCCCUGAGGGACACGCACAAUCCAGCCGAGUCGAAGCCGGUGAAGCCCUAGCCGCAGCGGCAGAGCGCAAAGCCCUGUGGUCUUCCUCCGGGGAAGCAGAGCCGGGCGCCCCGGAGCAGUCCCAGUCCCAGGGCGGCAGAGCCGGGAGCUCCGGGGAGAGGCGAAGCCCAGCAUGCUGCCGGAGGAUGCCUGAGGCAGGCCGGCCUGCAAGCGGGCGGCUUCCCGGGCCCUCCCGGAGCCUACUCGGAGGAAUGGUGACCGCGGGCUGCGUCUUGGUCUUCUACCUGGCUGUGGCCGUGAAUGGUGCCGGUGCCGGCCCGGGUCCGGGGCUGGUCAUCUCUCACCUGGAGCCUCGCCCUGCCAGGAAAGCCACAGAGCAAUUGAGGCGUGAGCCCAGGACCCAGGAGGAGCUGGUCUUUUCAAGUGGGGAGAGCAUCGAGCUUGGAUGCGAGACUCAAGACUCACCCGUCCUCUCCUGGUUCAAGGACGGCACAGCAAUCUUCCCCACCAACAGGACCCACAUCGGGCCUGACCUGCUGAAGAUCAUCAAUGUAUCCUAUGAUGACUCUGGCGUCUACACCUGCCAGCAGAAGCACUCCAGUGAGGUUCUCUGCAACUUCACCAUUCGAGUGACAGAGUCCCCGUCUUCUGGUGAUGACGAAGACGAUGAGGAUGAAGGAGAAGACACAGGUGCCCCCUACUGGACUCGCCCUGAACGAAUGGAUAAAAAACUCCUGGCAGUCCCUGCAGCCAAUACUGUCCGCUUCCGGUGUCCAGCUGCCGGCAAUCCCACCCCAUCCAUCUACUGGCUGAAGAAUGGCCGAGAAUUCAAAGGAGAGCAUCGGAUUGGGGGCAUCAAGCUGAGACACCAGCAGUGGAGUCUGGUCAUGGAGAGUGUGGUGCCCUCAGACCGAGGGAACUAUACCUGCGUGGUGGAGAAUAAAUAUGGCAGCAUACAGCAGACCUACACGCUGGACGUCCUGGAGAGAUCCCCACACCGGCCCAUUCUGCAGGCCGGCCUCCCAGCCAAUCAGACCGUUGUUGUGGGGAGCAAUGUGGAAUUCCACUGUAAGGUGUACAGUGAUGCUCAGCCCCAUAUACAGUGGCUGAAACACGUGGAAGUAAAUGGCAGCAAGUAUGGCCCGGAUGGGACACCCUAUGUCACCGUCCUCAAGUCAUGGGUCAGCAGUGACGUUGAAGCAGACGCUAUCCUGAAUCUGUUCAAUGUAACAGAACAGGAUGAAGGAGAAUACCUUUGUAGAGCCAACAAUUUCGUAGGCAUAGCCGAAAAGCCCUUCUGGCUCCACAUUCGCAAAUUCAGACCAGCCGAAGCGAUGGUGGAAGAGGACGACUCGGGCAGCGUCUUCGCUGGCCUCCUCAGCUAUGGGCUUGGCUUUUGUCUCUUCAUUGUGGUGGUGGCAGUGGCCGUCGCCAUAUGUCGGCUGAAGAUGCCCUCCAAGAAGGCCAUCAACACCCCCACUGUUCAGAAGGUGUCCAAGUUCCCACUCAAGCGACAGCAGGUGUCCCUGGAGUCGAACUCGUCCAUGAAUUCCAACACCCCGCUGGUGAGAAUCGCCCGCCUCUCCUCCAGCGAGGGGCCCAUGCUGGCCAACGUGUCCGAGCUCGAGCUCCCCGCCGAUCCCAAGUGGGAGCUGUGCCGAUCUCGGCUUACCCUGGGAAAACCUCUUGGUGAAGGCUGUUUUGGCCAAGUGGUAAUGGCAGAAGCCAUUGGCAUCGACAAAGACAAGCCCAACAAACCCGUGACCGUUGCCGUGAAGAUGCUGAAAGAUGAUGCCACAGACAAGGACCUGUCCGACUUGGUCUCUGAAAUGGAAAUGAUGAAGAUGAUUGGAAAACACAAAAACAUCAUUAACUUGUUGGGAGCCUGCACCCAGGAUGGUCCCCUCUACGUCCUCGUGGAAUAUGCAUCCAAGGGGAAUCUUCGUGAGUAUCUGCGGGCCCGGAGACCUCCAGGGAUGGAUUACUCCUUCGAUACCUGCAAGCUCCCAGAAGAACAACUGACCUUCAAGGACCUGGUGUCCUGUGCCUACCAGGUGGCCCGGGGCAUGGAGUACUUGGCAUCCCAGAAGUGCAUUCACAGGGACCUGGCUGCUCGAAAUGUGCUAGUAACAGAAGACAGCGUGAUGAAGAUUGCAGACUUUGGCCUGGCCAGAGACGUGCACAACAUUGACUACUACAAGAAAACAACCAAUGGGCGGCUGCCUGUGAAGUGGAUGGCUCCAGAAGCCUUGUUUGACCGGGUGUACACUCACCAGAGUGAUGUCUGGUCUUUUGGCGUCCUGCUUUGGGAGAUCUUUACCCUAGGAGGCUCCCCCUACCCUGGGAUUCCCGUAGAGGAGCUCUUCAAGUUGUUAAAAGAGGGCCAUCGAAUGGACAAACCUGCCAACUGCACCCAUGAUCUAUACAUGAUCAUGCGUGAGUGCUGGCAUGCAGUCCCGUCCCAGCGACCCACCUUCAAGCAGCUCGUGGAAGACUUGGACCGGGUUCUCACCGUCACAUCAACAGAUGAGUACCUGGACCUGUCUGUCCCCUUUGAACAAUACUCCCCCACCUGCCAGGACAGCCACAGCACCUGCUCCUCCGGAGACGACUCAGUGUUUGCCCAUGACCUGCUGCCGGAGGAGCCCUGCCUCCCCAAGGCCCCAAAGUGUAACGGCGCCCUCAGGACGUGAUGGCCUCCCCCCACCUGGCCCCGGGGCCCGUGAGGAGCUGAGCUCGUCCAGAAUGGAGGCCUGGAAGCCUGGAACCGGAGGGGACAGACCGGCCAGGAGGAAGGGGGUCUGAGCCCAGGCUGAUGAGAGCCUCCUGGUCCGAUGAAACUUUGUUUUCCCCCUAAUCAUUUUUGCUGUAGAAAGAAGCCAAGAAGCACUGUAUGGCCUGAAGGAAGAAAAAAAUCUCUUGCCAAGAUGAUUCUAUAAUAGUAUAUAUAUAGAGAGAGAUUUUAUAUAUAUUAUAUAUAUAUAUUUUGGAAAAUAGAAUGUUCCGUCUAGCGGUUGUCAGCUCUCACCCCCCUCCCUGCUGAAGGAAAAGGAAUAGACGUGAAGUCGCCAUUCUGCGCUAUGAUGUGGAGAAGACUUUCUUGGAGGGUUCUGGGAUAGGGAGGUCUGUGGGGGGAAACGGGGAGAAGGCAGAGUGGUACAAUGGCCAGAGAACCCGGGUUCCAGUCCCAGCUCAUCUACUAGACUUGCUGAGCCAUCCUGGGCCAGUCACUACCUCUCUGGGUCCAUUUCCUCCACGGGAAGAUGAGGGUUGGACAAGGUGAUCUCCUGUGAUCUAGGGGAAGGUUGCAAGGAGGUGGAAGGAGAGGUGGUGUUGGGGUUGUCAGGGUUUUUAUUUUCUUUCCAUAACAAAUAGAGAUUGCUUUUAGGCAGUCUCCUCAGAACGAGCGAGCGGAUUCCAGGUCCCCUCGGGGGACUGAGUACAGAUUGGGUCCCACCUACUGGAUGGUGUCUUCAGUUAGAGAGAAAGCAUUAUGGUCAAAGAUGGAGGUGCAAGAGAGGUUUUUGAUCUUGAAGGAACAGUCUCAGGUUCAGGGGGGCCGCUGGCCACAAGGCUUACAGCCUUCUCCCAAUUAAUAAAAAGUCUGGGCCAUGUAGAAGUGGCAGGGAUGAGUGGCCUUACCUGAGCAAUGGCUCUCCCACUGAGGUUGGGAGGCAACCAGAGACUUCAGUUCUUCCCACUCCAAGCUCCCAUUCUGGUCAUGUUCAGGACAAAGAGGGAGGCCCAAGCAGGAAACAUGCCAGGCCUUGGAAGGGGAGUAAGGAGGUCUCCAGAGCUGGGACGGGGGGCCCUACAAAAAGGGUUUGGGGUUGGAGUAAGUGUCAGGACAGUGUUGAAGUGGAGUAAGGACCAAGCGCCAUAUUUGUUUGGUGGGUAGAGCCAAAGCCAAGAAUGGUCGGAUAGUAUCCCAGAAGCAUGGAGGGACGAGAAAAAUCUGAUUCCAAAGCCAGCUCUAACAUUUACCAUAGAUGUGAUCUUGAGCCUGUCCUAGGCCUUGGUUUCCUCCUCUGUAAAAUGGUGGCGUAGCCAUCUCUCGGAGGACAUUCUGACCCUAAAUCCCAUGAUCCCUCUAAGUCAUUUUCUCUUUCUAGGCCUUCUUUUCUGUUCAGGGUUGCUUUGGGGGGAAACUAGGAUUCCUGCCUCAGGAGUGUGACUGACUGGUUGGUUGGUUGGCUGGUUUGGAGCGGGAGCCUCUUGUCUUCUGUCUUAAGAAGAAGCAUCAAAGAUGUCGGCUCUUCCCAUCUCCUUCCCCCAUGCCAUGGAGAUUUGCAAUUACGGGUACCUGAAGGCAGGAGCUUUUAACUUAUAUCAAAAAAGGUUUAUUCCAGAGAAUUGUGUAUAUACAUAUAAAUAGAUGCUCUGUGUGGGUGCGUGUGUGUGUGUGUGCGUGUAUAUGUAUGUGUGUAUGUAUAUAUAUAUAUAUAUAAAAUAUAUAUAUGGAGAGUGUACAAUAAUGAUCCAACUUAAGCAAGAUGUAUGGAAGGCCCUCAGAAGUAAAGAAUCUUAAUAUCAAAUACCAGACCUUUGGGGAAAAGAAACAACAAAGAGGAGAAAAAAGGAAAAAAAUAAAUAAUGUUUUGGGGUUCUGGGGGGUGAUUUUUGUUGUGUUUUUUUUGUUCUAUAUUGUCACAGUUUUGUUUUAAAAAUUGUAUUUUAACCUGUAUAUUUGUAAAGUUAUUUAUAGCCUGCUGAAGGGACCCCGUCUGCUUUGUUUGAAAUAGCGUAGCGUUGCUGUCGACCUAAUUUCCCAGAGUUUUAAAAGUCUUAACUUAUUAACAGCUGCGAAAGUAAGCGUAUGCCUUUGUUUCCAUGUUUACGGAAACCAUCGAGCGAAUGUAUUGCGUGCACAGCCCCGAACAGAUGUCACGAGAUCGUUGGUGUUGUUAGGGUUCAGAUUCUAGCUUUUCUCUGGAUUGCAGUGAGGUGUUUUCGGUUUAUUUUUGCAACAAGGCCAUGAAGCAAGAGCCCCCAGCGCCGGCCUUCCCUCUGGAAGGAGGCUGUGGCCUGGAUUUUGUUUGAGGAAACGGAGGCUGGCAGGGAUUCUGAUGUGCCGGGGCUUGGGCCGCUCCAUUCUCCAUUCCAUCUCUUUGGGUGUGGGAAGGGCAUGAAGCCUUUUUCCAGAUGAAGGGAUUCAUUUUUGUUGGCUUUGGGGCACCCUCAGGAAAGCCUAAAGCACAUUGGCUUCCCUCCCAGCAUGUCCCUGGGGGAGGUGGCCCCCCAAACUUCCUACUCAAGAGGAGACAGAUCAGUCAAUGAGUGUUGGGAACCUGCCCUUUCCCCCCCCCCCUUUUUUUUGUCGUUUUCUCAAAGCUCUCUGGAUGAUACAAGAGGCAUUUCUGAGCAUGUCCUAUAAUUUCCUCACCACCCAACCAGUUCCUUCCUGAUGAAGCCAAGGAAACAGGGUCCUGGUCUAUGACUAUGGGCUCUCUCCCUGCUUUAUUCAGAAUUUUCUGGAAACUAAAAAAUUUUUUAAAUGAUAAUAACUUAUACCUUUGAGAGGAUGCCAGCAAGCAGUUUUUCUUUCUUUCUUUUUUUUUUUAAAUAUGGGGUCUGUUUUGCAGAGAAAGUAGCUUUCAAUAGAGGGGACUUUUUGGUUGUAUUUUGUUGGGGAACUUUAAAUGAGGAAAAAAAACAAAAACAAAUGGGUAUUUUCCUACAAAUGUCUUCCAAUCACGUACAUUCCGCAGAUGGACAGAGUGUGACGUCCAGCCCCGGAGGAGAAUGUACAAUCGUGCGCAUGGUUUCAAAUGUUAUUAGAUAUUAUAAAUAUAUAUAUAUAAUUUAUUGAGUUUUUACAAGAUUGUAUUUGUUACUGUAGACUUAACAUUUCUUAUGCAAUGCUUAUAUAGUUUUAUAGCCGGGACCGUUACCUUUAAAAAGCUUGGGAACACGUGCCGUAAAUCAGUUUCUACACUGUUAUACAGUUGGCAGAUUCAGGAUGGCCUACUCUCUGUCGGCAAUUCCAAGUUUAUUUUAGACACGCAGCGCCCAUCAGCGAUGGCUGUUGAGGCAUCGGAACCCUAAACACAUCAGAUUCUGUUUUUCUCAACCUGGCAAACUUUUAACUUUUACCAAAAAAUAAAAUGAAAUAAAAAUCGG